GCAGGAAGUGCAGACCUUGUAAAUGUAGGUUUUGACAUGUUCAUUUGUCUCUAAAUGUUCAUAUAACUCCGACAAGAAAACAGAGGAAUGUAAAGGGGGAAGUUCAGGAAACCUCUGGCAUCUGGAACAGCUCAGACGUAGAUGGAAGAAAUCGUCACGGAACCACAGCAAAAACAGUGAAAUUAUGGACAAUAAGUAUCAUGCACUGUCCAGUAACAUCUCAGCAGAAUCAUGCGAAAUUAUAUUAGCAGAUGUCCCAGAGUGCUUUAUUUGCAGAGACGUCGAGCUUGUACCUAGUGAGCCACUGAGGAAUUUCUGUGACUGCAAGACUCUGCUAGCCCAUCAGCUGUGUCUGUCCACGUGGAUCCAGAGGGGACAUGGAAGUGAAAACAGGCUGCGGUGCAUUGUGUGCAAAGCCAAGUACCAGCUCCAGAAGAACUCUCCAUGGCGGUCGGUGAGCUACCAGUGGCAGACAUGGCUUGUUCUGAUCACUGUGGCUGUUUUACUGGGAUUGGUGCCUUAUGUUGUUCACUGCAUGAUGACCGCCUUCAACAACCCUCCUCCUCCCAGCACCUUUAAAGUGGCAGCUGCUGGUUUCGGCCUUCUCACAGAGAUUCUUCUGAUUAAGUGUCUCUCACACUACCUCAGCACUCGUUACCGACAAGCUGAGCAGAGCUCCUUCACAGUGCAGGCCAGGGGCUUUGAAGAGGACAGGAUGAGCCUGGGCCACUGGGACCAGUCUGAAGCUGCUUCAGCGGUGGCAGGUCACGCUUCAUCAGUGGCCUCACCCAGUCAAGUGGAGGAAAGGAAAGUGGAUGUGGUCAAGAGUGGAUGUCUAAGCUUUUUUCCAAACCUCUGAAAGGAGUGUAUGGAAUACAGCGCGAAAAGUAAAUCCUCCGGGUUUAAGAUGUGUUUAACAGCCAUUCAAGAUGUAUCAGUUUAUCAGUGGAUUCACUGAAGAAGCUGAUGUGAUAUUUUUUGAAGUCUUACACUUUAAAACCUUUUUUUGUCAAGGUGUCAUAUAUUCUUGUUUUCCACUAUGCCCAGUUUUUGCACUCUUGCUUUAUUCAGUGGAUGUACUCUCACAUAAUGCAAGCUGAUGAUGAGGGAGCGGAUACACACAGUUUGCAUGACUGUGUUUAGGCCGAGAAGGAGAAAAAAAAAGAAAGGAAAAAAAAACAAAACAAAACAGAAAUUGUGCUCUUUCCUUAAUGAUGCCCACACAGAGACAAUGGGGCGCCGCUCUGAUUAGUGUCACCUGUCCUUGUGCAUCUCAUCAGCUCCAUUAUGGCUCCAUCUCCCAUGCUUCUCCUGCUAAUUGAAUAGCCUGUGAAGUGGUGACGACGACGGGGGCGAGAGCAAUGUCUGUCCCACUGCUGCUUCAGAAAUAGCUCUGAAGCUUCAAAGUGAGGCACAACUAUUAAAAAUAUUAGAUAUAAUAAUCAUAGUUAUUUUUUGUCAAAAAUGAUUGUACAAAUAGAAGAAAGUGUCGUAAGUGUUAUAUCAGUAUUAUGUCAGACUGUUGAAUGAUGUUAUAUUAAACCACUUUUCCAAUGAACAGUUAGCUUGUCAAAAUAGUUGGAAGUGAAAACAAAUAAAAAGACAGGCCACCAUCUGUUUAUCACACCGAGUGAGCCUAAGCUGAUCUAACUGCGUGCAGGUAAAGUAAAAUAAAUGAGAUAUUAUUCAGAUGUGCGCCGGAAAACCGUGCAAUAAUAAUAGUCUUUUAUUUUGACUGCAAAAACACUGUCAGCUGUGAUACAGGGCUGUAAUGUUGGUGCCUCUCCUACCCAGCAAGAGCCUCAUUGUUAUCUGCAUGUGCCCGAGGCGCAGCUAAUGUAAAAAGAUCCUGCUCACUCCGCUCUGCUUUGCUAGGAAUCAGCUUAUCCUGCUCAGUCCCUCUCUGUUUCACCUCUCGGUCACAGCCAAGUGAUUCUCAGCUGUGCGCCACCUUAGCACGGGCCUUUCCACAGGCUGAGAGGAGGGGACAGUGGAGGAGAGGUACAGCCGUCCGCGGUGUCUCACACUGCUGAAUCUGGUAAAUGCCACAACAACAGGACUGCAGAGAGGCUGCCCAUUGUCCCCAUGCCUGUAUGGUUCCAGGGCUUAAUACUUGCGUGCGGGGCCAGAUGGACACUUUCAUGAGUGUAUGAGUGUGGAUUAUUCUGCGGGCUACAUCUGGGGCUCCACAUGGUACAGCAGACUGUGGUAAGAGAGGCAGGUGGGCACAUGGGGAGGGCACCCCUCCUGUGGGUACGCUUGCAUCUAUACCCAUCAACGGGGCAUCAGUGCAAAUGGCAGACCAAAAGGUUACAAGGCUAUCCUGCAAGACAAACGCCUCUCUGGAAUCAAAUGAACAGCCUGCCUUCUCCUGUCUCAUACUUUCUGUGCGACAGCAACAACACAAUUCUCCAAGAAGUCUUCUUUUUUAAUUUGGAGAGGGAGGUAUGUUUUCAGUCAGUGUUCACCAGUGGGUCUGACAAGACGAUGCUAAAUAAGACAUCGUCGCUAGCAGAUAGUGUAAGGUAUGACUGUAUGUCACAUAAGCAGUUUUCUUGAUCCUCCUCUUCCUCAGUCACACUAAACAUCUAAUCUUUGUACUUACAAAUAUAUAAACUCUGGCUUCUGAUCAUGUUCGUAAAGUAAUUAUCUUUUUUUCAAUUUUUUUAUAGUUUUUUUAGAGAGCACCUUGUGACUUGAACCCUCACAAUGGGCGAGAAAAAACUCACUAAUAACCCAGCCAUAAUAGUGGAAAAAGGAAGAAAUCUUGCAUGCUCCAAGGCCAGGCAGGAGCGCAAUAGGUGCUGGCCAAGUGGACGAAAUUAUCAAAUUAAAUUAGACAAUUAGACCAAAUCAGAAAAACUGUUAUCAUUGCCAUAGCCCAUUCUGUUACAGUAAGCAACAGUAUUAAUCUGAGUCAGACCUACCUCUACGGAGGUUUGGUUCAAGGUUUAUUUGGUUAAAUUCAGAUCAGGCUAAAUAAAGGCCUUUUUAAAGACAUGUGGUCUGCAGUCAAGCUUAGAAAAAAACCAAAGAUUAUGUGUAUCUAUGCAACCAGCCCACUCGGUUAUUUUUCAUUCUUUCUGAAGAUAUGAAAAGCAAGAGAAGAUGUCCUUUCAGCCACUAAAAUAAAAUCUAUGGAUGACAGUUUCAUUUAAAUUACCAUAUAUUACAUAAAUUUAUUGUGGGAUUAGUGACAAGCACGUCACCACGAUAUGACACUGAUUUUAAGUUACAGUCAAGUGCACUGGCUUUAGAAAUUGUCAGUGAAAGCAAUAAUUACAGAUAUUGUAUCUCCAAUAUGAAUUUAUAAAUUGAACCAUAUUGAUGGAUAUUAAAAAAAAAAAAAAAAAAAACAUAUCAUCUCCAAAUUAAGAUGGUGUGUAUUUUGUUUUGAAAAUGAUCACAAUACUGAAAAAAAUGCAAAGUUAUUCAUGCUAUGAACUCAUGAAAGCUUGAAUUAGAGCCAAGAUCUGUGUUUAAUCAGAGCUCAUUAGAUGAGUCCACCCCAUUAUGAAUGGCCAGAUCCAUCAGGAGAGAUAAAGCUCAUUCUCUCUGCUGACUGUGAUCCAGGUGAACACACCCGCAGCGCUCAAACCACACGUGAACAAGAUAUUUGCUUUGAAGCACCAACACAGAUUUGAAUCAGUGAGCCAGAGUGCCAAAUGUCCUAGGUUGUGAGUGACAUGGGAUCUGCUUUAGAGUUGGCUACCUGUUGAGGAGGAUUAAACAAAAUACAGAUGGUGUUUACAUAUUAAAUCAAGAAAGGCAGCCUCUGCUCUGGUGGGAGCAAAAACAAUGCCUCCCAAUCGAGGUCAUAUUUAAAAGUAGGAAAAAAUAUUAGCCGAUUAAACAUGGCAAUCUCUGACGAUGUGGAUUGAGUGCCAUAUGUCAAUACUAUAGCAUAUUCCACAGUAUGUAAAAGAUCAGGAGCUGAAAUCUUGUAGUGACUUGUAAACCUCUAGGGUACUAAUCAAGAGUUUCCUUUUCUCCAUGUGGCCAGAUAUUUGUUCUUAUCUACAUGAAAGCAGAGUCACUCGCUACAGAUAGGAAGUCAUGAAUGAUUUUUUUUCCUGACCGGUGAUAGAAUCACACAUGACCAUGAGAUCACUUCUGAAGGACGAAGGCUGCUGUGUGCCCCGCGACGUACUCUAGCCGUAGACAUGGGCACAAAAGUAGCUGUACUGUCUGAUACCCUACUGUUUGAGCUGAAUAAAUUAAAUGAAUUACCAGCUGCCUUGUGUAUGCUCCCAGGAUGCAGGGUGGCAUGCGCAGGCCAUUACAACAAUGAUAAGGAUAUCUGCAUGGCCUUGUGUUAAAGGAAUUACACAUAGCAUCCACAGCCUUUAAGAGAGUGUGACAGUUUUGCGCACACUGGCAAGUUAGUGUGACAUGAAAAUGUGUGCGGCUGCAGAACGGCUCAGCUGCUCUGCCUGAGUUUGGAAACUGAAUUGCUUGAAAGUAAAAAAAAAAAAAAAGAAAGAAAGAAAGAAAAGAAAAAAA